CCAAACCUGGGUUCGGUAACAAAUCAAGUUUCUCAUAACGCAAGGAAAAUGGGUCAGCCGCUACCAAUGGAUCCUCGUGGUCCUUCACCACCAUACUAGAAAUGCCUCGAGACGCCACUUUGGUCGCCUCUGACUUCGCUUCAUGCACACAGAGAGAUCCCCGUACCCAAAACCACGCAGUAUCUACGACCUAGGAGGGCGGUAAGUGCUGAUAGCGAAAAAGUCCUUAAAUUCGGUAUUCCAACCCAUGUCUGUGUCAUCUUCCGAUCCAAGUUUCUGGUUCUGCUCGACCAACCCAGACUGUAUAAGCCCAAGCUGGAGCAAAGCACUGGCAUUCAAAAACUUCGAAGACCUCGAUCUGCCACAUCCAGGACUCCUCCUCGCCGCCGUCUUGACCACCAUCGCAACGUUCAACGUAAGCUAUAUCUGCAUCCGCCGGCGCCGACCGAUAAUGCUCGUCUCCGCCUGCGUCGGGCUUGCCGCGCUAAUCACCCUGUUCGCCACCAUCCAGCCGGCCCUGGCUGUCGACAAGACCUCCGACCCAGAGCUCGUGGCCAAGCUCAAAUCUGCUGCCACCAUGCUCGACCGGCUCGACAUGCUCUCCGACGAUCAGCUCGUGUACAAUUUCUCCUCCAACCCCAAGUACUCCUGGGCGCCAGGCAGCGUGUGCAACGCCAACGCUGCAACAUGGCCGAUUCUGUCGACCGCCGGGGUCACCGUGUCGCAGCUCAACCUGGGCCCCUGCGCGAUGCUGGCGCCGCAUUUCCAUCGCGCCAAUAACCUUGUCGUUGCAGUGUCCGGAUCAACACGUACGUACAUGUACCAGGAGAAUGGCGCACGAUUGGUCGAACAGACCCUCACGCCGGGCAUGAUGACUAUUUUCCCGCCGGCCAGCGUGCAUUCGAUGUAUAACAUGGGCUGCGAGAACAACCAACUCUACUCGUUCCUCAACGACGCGGAUGCAUCGACAAUCAACGUUGCGCAGGCGUUCUUCAUGAUGCCGCAGGACAUCGGGAUGACGGUCAUGCCGUUCAUCAAUCUCACAAAGGACAGCUGGGCCGCGACGGGCGAGUCGAUUCCCGCCGUUGGGACAGGUAGUCAGCAGGGGUUUGAGGCGUGUUUGCAGAAGUGUGGACUCUCUGCGACUGGGUACGCAUCGAUGGGACCGGUUGUCAGAAUGUGAGAAAGGAGGAAAUAGGGCAUGUUACGCUAUCUCCCCUAUCCUCUUUCUUCAUUCAUUCAUUUCGGGGGGGGGGUAUAGCUCG